AUGAGUGACCCUUUGGAAGGUGAAAGCUUGGACAAUCUUGUCAAGCCCACUUCCAAACGGGAAUGGAAACAUGAGGCGUCCACAGCCGUAUUCGAGCAACCCUCGUCCGCAGAUGCCGAGAGAAAGAAGAUCAACCAGCAGAAGCUUCACAUCGGAGAACACCCUUACUAUGUCCAUCCUCGUGACCUUAGUAACUGGCGAUCGGCUUCCCAGCUCCAAAUAUCACACUACUUGACCCUGCGGAUAAUAAACAAAUUCCAGGUUCUGAAGAACUUGACGGCCGCCAAUUUUCAAGCCAUGACCAACCUUUCCACGGAUGCAGACAACAAAUCUCGAGAGCAUCUGAAAAGCCUUUGGGGCUGGAAAGAUUUUCGAAUCGACAUAAAGAACAAUGGGAGUCAACGGCCACCAUUUGGACAAGCGAAAAAAUUGGGAUAUUUAUCAUCAACCCGGGACCUCCAAUUGGCCAUCGCGCAGAGAGUGGAAAUAUCCUCUGAAGGGGGAUAUGGAGGACCAAUCACUCGAUCUACACCGGCAGAGGCUUCGCAGAACGAGAAUCCCACUGAUAUGACACCCAUCUCCAGAACAACUACCGGCAUCUCGGCCUCGGGCGAAGCAGCCCUUACUCGCGUAACAACCUCAUCCGAUAGGAUGGAUACAUCUACCGAAUCCAGUGCAAGCCUCAGUCGUGCGAUCAGCAAAGUUUCUGCUACAUCUAUACCUGAUCCUGUGCAGUUCCAGAAAACAAAGGGUGAAGACAUUGUUAACCAGGCCGCGGUUGAACUCUUGGCGGCUCUCACUCGUUAUUGUCCUUCAUUGAAUCUCGAGUGGUCAGCGCACAAAUACGAAUUCUCUUACCGGUUAGGUGAGGCGUUAAUCGUAGCGAUUACCGAUGGAUGUUUACUGGCCGAGGACAUGGAUGAUGUCUACUCGAUUCUCGAGGUUAAACCUUUUGUGAUUACUGCACAACCCCAAAAAACGUUCAUGCAGGUAGGAUUACAGAUGAUAGGAUUCAUACUCAACUGCGUUGAGAAGGGGAAGGCCAAAGACAGGUACUUCCUCGUGUCGCAAUACCGCCAUCAGGCAUACAUAACAGUUGCGAAACCUGACGCCGGAUACAUCGAAUAUUUGAUGUCCGAAGAAAACGUCCACAUGGAGAACUUGGACGACUCAGACAGCUUGGACAAAAUUCCAUUCUUGACGUUGACGCACUUUGGACCCUUUGAUAUUUUCCAGUCAAAAUCUAUGUUUGCUUUGGGCCGGAUGGUGGUGACUAUUGCGAUCCAGCUAAGCAUGGAUCGGUUAAGCUGAGACGAUACAACCGGAGAGCAGUCAGGAGAUUUGGGUGGCUCACAGCCAGUGCUUGGUCAAGACAGGCUAUAUGGGCCAAAGUCGUUCUGGCGGUUUCUGUACUACAAUAUACACAGUUACAAGGUAUCAUCGUGUGCAUUAACGCUGCAAAAGUGGAAUGGAACAGGAUCUAAGUCAUAGCUCCUACACAGCAACCACGUAAGGUAUAUUCAAUACAGAAAGUGUUUUUUCUCGAUAGUAGUAUACACAAGCAAGAGGCAAAUGGACAUUAACCGAACAAAAGCCUCCAGCUAUGACUCAGUGCUUUGGCAUGAACCGACUGUGUUCUCAGCCUGGCUAAUAAUACCGUGCUUCUUCUCAUAAGACUC